AUGGUGCGGAUUCAAAUACCUGCUUCAAAGACUGCAGUUGCCUUAGAAUGCUACAAUAUCCCCGAACUCGCGUAUGCGAGUGAUCAAGACCCUCUUUUGGAACCUGGUGCCUUUGUUCGAUGCGGGUUGAAUAUUAUGCGAGAAGAGCAUGCACUCGGAAAAGCAUCAAAUCGCCAGGCGUGGCAAUGGAUUUGGGCUUUGCCAGUUACUGAAAUUUGUCGACUCUACAACGGGGACCCACGUAUCAACGCCAUGCCCCCAAACAUGCAAGUCAGCAAUAGUACCGCUCAAGCUGUUACCACCCCAGGAACUCCAGAUAUCAGCGCAGAAGACAUCGAGUAUAUGACUGGUCAUAUGAAUUCUUCUUAG